AAUAAAGCGUGAACCCGUCCGUCCGGCUCGCACUUUAAGACUUCCCGAGCGGCCGCGGGGGACGCCAGUCGAGCCAGGAGACGCUUACCUGCCGCUUCGCCCGCCGCCCGGUGCACCUGGCUGCAAGGGACCUCGUCCGGACGGAGGACGGCGACAGCUCCGCGGACUUGGAAACGGGCGCGCGCCGUCCCGGGCACGGUCUCUGCGGAACGUGGGGGCGCUUUGGCGGCUCCUUCCCUGAAUUGCUCCCCGCCCGCCUCCAGCCCGGCCCGGGAAAGGUGGGACGGCUGCCGGCUCUAGCGACGGAAGCGGACGGUGCCCGACGAGGAGGGUUCGAAAAUGCCCCGCGCGUUUCUGGUGAAGAAGCCGUGCGUCUCCACGUGCAAGAGGAACUGGAGCGAGCUCCCGGACGAGGAGCGCGGCGAGAUCUACGUGCCAGUCAGCCUGGGCUUCUGCCCACCACAGCCCUACCGGGAGCCAGAGCCAUCAGUGGCUGAACCCCCUUCUUGCCCCCUGGCUUUGGACAUGAGCCUUCGGGACUCUGGCUACAGUGUGGCCCCUGGGCCCUGCGUGGUGGCCCAGCUGCCCUCUGAAGACAUGGGCCGCUUGGCAGACCCCCAGAGCAGAGACCACAGCUUCCUGCGCACCAAGAUGAAGGUCACCCUGGGGGACAGUCCCAGUGGAGACUUCUUCACCUGCCACAUUUGCCAGAAGGCCUUCACCUACCAGCGCAUGCUGAAUCGCCACAUGAAGUGUCACAAUGACGUCAAGAGGCACCUCUGCACCUACUGUGGGAAGGGCUUCAACGACACCUUCGACCUGAAGAGACACGUGCGCACUCACACUGGCGUGCGGCCCUACAAAUGCAGCCUGUGCGACAAGGCCUUCACGCAGCGCUGCUCCCUGGAGUCUCACCUCAAGAAGAUCCAUGGCGUGCAGCAGAAGUACGCGUACAAGGAGCGGCGGGCCAAGCUGUACGUGUGCGAGGAGUGUGGCUGCACGUCUGAGAGCCAGGAGGGCCACGUCCUGCACCUGAAGGACCACCACCCCGACAGCCCGCUGCUGCGCAAGACCUCCAAGAAGGUGGCCGUGGCCCUGCAGAACACCGUCACCUCCCUGCUGCAGAGCAACCACCACCUCUGAGCGGCAGGCCCCGGGAGGGCUGAGGGUCACCUCCCUGCUGCCUGGCCAGUCCCCCUCCCACGGCCCUGGCCGGGACACCGGCACUCAGGACUGGAGCCCCCAGGCAUGCAUGCUCACUCAGGCCCUGCACAGACCUCUGCUCACGUUUGCCUUUUUGUCCUAUGAGCAGAGGCCGCUCCGAGCCUGGGCAGACGUGUAUGAGUGUGGGGCAGGGGUGAGCCCGGGGCUGCCUUCGACUUGUAGCAGCAUACCUACAGAGACAGGACUUCCUUCCCAGAGGAGGUACGUGAGGAGGAGGUACGUGAGGGUGACCCUGUCGCCUUCUGUCUCUGGAGCACAGGGCGGGGGCUGCUGGUCCCCGUGGACGGUAGAGUCCGGAGCACUGGCAGGGAGCACCCCUGCCAACAACAGCGGUGGAGGAGCUGGCGGCGGCCCGCCUGGCGGUGUUUCGAAUGCCCAGGGCUGCGGGGGCUCUGCCCCUCCCACAGGGAGAUGCACGCGUGUGCGCCGCUGUAGGCGUGUGUGCGCGCACACAUCGGGGGCCUUUCCACAUAUCACCACAUUUUUAAGAAAUCAACUACAAGGUGCCAACGAGGUUUUAUUUUCUUUUUUUUAAAGAUAACAAAUGUACAGAUAUUAAUAUAUUUUGGUGCCGAUGGCAUUACUAUUUUUAAGCGAGGAUGGAGCUGGCUUUUCUCCCUCCCAUGCAAUUCUAUUUAUCCUGGACAUUUCACACCUCCUCUGUGCCUUGGCUCUGGGGUGGCUGCCCUGACCCACCUCCAUCCUUCGUACCUCCUGAGAUGUUUAACCUAAGACCUUCCUCCAGCCUGGCCUGGAGGACGCGCUGUGCCGUCUGUUCUUCCCCAUCUGCCGGAACAGCACCUCGUCUCCUGCUCUUCCCUCCCCCAUGGCUCUGCCUCCCUCCCGCAUCCUUCCAAGGCAAGCCUCUCGGGGUUACCGAGAGCCUCCUUGUCUCCUGGUAACAGACCUUUUGUGGAACAACUCACCCUUCCGGAGGUCGAGGGUUUGUCCAGCGGCGGCUUCAGGGCUGAGCCAGGUGGAUGAUUGGUCUGACACGCCGAGUCCACGGCCUGAGGUGCUGAGAAGAGCCGGGCCAGGCUGCGGACGUGCUCUCUUCCUGGCUGAGUCAGAAACGCUGGGACAGCAGCAAAGCAUCGGAACAGAAUAAUAACCAGACACAUCAGAGACCUCGAGAGGGAGGACAGUAUUCGACAGCUAACGAGUUCUAUUUGUAGCCUUUUUUCUGUUUUUCGAAUGGCUAGGCUGGGUCUCCAGCACCUAGGGCUCCAUCUGAGGGACUUGGCCAGGCUCCCUUGGUGUGGCUGGGUUUCCUGCUAAUAACAGGUGUGGGUCAAAGGGAGACACGGGCAGGGGUUGGAGCCAGCCUGCCAAAAAGUGAGAAGGCAAACUCGAAAGAGGUCCACACCACCACAGGCUGGGCCGCCCCGGGAAGCCAAACUCCUGAAGAUCCAGCCUUGGCCUCCCUGCCUGGAAGGAGCAGCAUCUGCACAGCCCCGGGGUGAGGGAAGGAGCCUCUCUGACUUCCCUGAAUGAGGACAGACUGUUUUGGAAGACUUGUUUUAUUUUACUUUAGAGUGUGUGGGAGCUGCUGUAUUCUGGAAGUUAUAUGGUAUAAAAUAACACUAUUGGGAAGCUCUGUUUUGUUUACAUUUCUGUAUCCCUGUAUUCAUUGCCAAUCUGAGGGAGUCACAGGGCUCUGUGUUGUCUGUUUUAUUUUAUAACUUUCCCCCAACUAUUAAAAUCAAAGAACCAUC